AGAGGUCCACAAUGAUCUCCUUAACUGAAUUUGCACUUGCAAUGUGAAAUGCUGUGUUUUGUGAGUAAAUGUGCUGGGUUUUCAUGUAAGAUACAUACAAGCUGUUCUUUGUUAGAUUAUUUGUUUAGCACAUACUCUCAAAUGCACAUGGUUAUUCAUUCAGCUGAGACUUUUUCCCUCACUUAGUCAGGAAAUAUUAUUUGUGUUAUAUAAUAUAUAUUGUUUUUAAUGUACUACAGCCAUAGACGAUGGUGUUCCCUAACAAACACAAUCUUGUGAUACAGAAUAGGAUUUCUGAAUAAUUGCUGGUCACUUGCCAAAAAUGGCUAAAGAUAAGUGAAAGGCUACUCCUUACCAGCACUUGACCUGUGACUGGUGUUAAUAUAUCUGCCCUAGUUGUUAAGUUUUACUUGUCAAGCCUCUCUCAAAUACACCAUGCUUUUGAGAUAGUGAAUGUCUUGUCUUGCUGUAACUGGCAUAAUAGUACGCUGGCCGGGUUUGGCCAGAGGAGGAGGGAGAUGAUGGGGGAUGGCUACAGGUCCUGAGCCCUGCUCGCUGAGUUUCCGAUCAGCUCAAUCCGGGAUUAGUUCACUGACGGAGAUGGUGCUGACCCUUUGCCAAAUCGGGCCUUACAGCUACACCCACUUACCCUGCUGGACAAACAACUGAGAGAUGGAGGCAUUCAUUGAAAAUUUUCCCUGGCAAGACGGCCCCUGGAACCAGGACCAGGUUGAGAGCAGAAAGUCAUUACUUCAAAAUCUGCCUUUAACGUUUGCUGCACCUAUUGUGCAAGGUUACUAGGACAUUGCUGUGUUUACUGUAUGGAGUAUUUAUAACAGCAGAUCAAGAGACUCCUGAGGCAAAUUCCUCCCGGGGAAUGUUUCCGCUGUUCUCGGGGGGACAAGCGGAGCAAUUACACAGUCUGUCUGAGUCGAGGAGGGAGCACUGUGUUAACCACAAAGCGCACGUAAAGCUAAAAAAACCCACCGUUUCUGCUUUCAGGGGACUUCAGCGGGUGCAAGCCAGAGAGAUAAACUGGUCUCCCAUUGGCAGGUCCCUGGAUGCCCCGUGGCGAACUGUCCUCGGCCGCCCAGUUCUUCCCAAUGGCCGGGAGUUGACCAAGCCCACCAAGAUGACGCUGCGCGAGCAGCUGAGAGAGAAGAUUUCGGCGGCCUUCUACCGCCACGGGCUGCUGUGUGCCUCCUAUCCAGUACCCAUCAUCCUCUUCACCUCGGCCAGCAUCCUCACCUGCUGCUCCGGCAUUCGCAGUCUGGAGUCUUUGUGUCUCCAGGUGACAGACCUGUUUCCAGGGUUACGGCGGAUGCAGUCGGUGCUGCCAGAGCAUGGCUGCCUUCUUGUUUCUCCUGGCAACUACUGGCAGAACCAACGGGAGCUGUUUGACUCGGACCCCGACCCCCUCAAGACCAUCCAGAAACAUGAACCGAAAGGCUUGCACACCUCAGCGACAUUGCGAGACUUGCUGUUCGGGGUUCCUGUGAAGCACUCGGGGGUCAGUCACUACAACAGGAAGAGGGUGGUGACCUACACAAUCACUGUAGUUCUAUCCAGUUAUGAUGCAAGGUUCCUAGCCAGCCUACGGGGCCGCCUGAAGCAGCUUCACCCAUCCGCCAACUGCACCCUCAGAGAUGACCACAUGGUCCACGUCCACUUCAAGGAGGAGAUCGGCAUUGCUGAACUCAUCCCCCUCGUCACCACAUACAUCAUUCUUUUUGCCUACAUCUACUUCUCUACACGUAAGAUCGACAUGGUGAAAUCUAAGUGGGGCCUGGCUCUGGCUGCUGUGGUCACAGUGCUCAGCUCUCUGCUCAUGUCUGUGGGUCUGUGUACACUGUUUGGACUGACACCCACACUUAAUGGAGGUGAGAUCUUCCCUUAUCUGGUGGUGGUAAUCGGGCUGGAGAACGUCUUGGUGCUCACCAAGUCUGUGGUUUCCACCCCUGUCGACCUCGAGGUCAAACUGCGCAUAGCUCAAGGCCUUAGUAAUGAGAGCUGGUCUAUCAUGAAGAAUAUGGCCACUGAGCUGUGUAUUAUCCUCAUUGGAUAUUUCACUCUUGUGCCAGCUAUCCAGGAAUUCUGUUUAUUUGCUGUUGUGGGGCUGGUGUCUGACUUCUUCCUGCAGAUGUUUUUCUUCACCACUGUACUAUCUAUAGACAUUCGCCGCAUGGAGCUGGCUGACCUGAACCGCCGCCUGCCAGCUGAAGCAGGUAUGCCUCCACCCAAGCCAGGCCCCCUGCGUACACGUGAGGUACCCCCUCCACCGCGACCCUCUCCGCAUACAAUCACUCUGCAGACCCCAGCCUUUAGAAACUUGAGGCUCCCCAAGAGGCUGCGUGUGGUGUACUUCCUGGCUCGCACACGCCUGGCUCAGCGCAUCAUCAUGGCUGGCACGGUGAUCUGGAUUGGUAUCCUUGUGUAUACCGACCCAGCUGGAAUCCGCACCUACCUGGCUGCACAGGUGUCUGAACAAAGCCCCUUAGGUGACCCCGGGGGAGGCGGUCUGCCCCCACACCUGGGAGUGGCCCCGGUUUUUCGAGGUGGGGAUCCUACCAGCACCUUAAGCAUCCAUCGUGCACCAGAUCCAACUCCUUUACCUGAGAACCAAUCGCAGGGACAUCAUGGUCCUCCAAGGGCGGGGCCCAUUCCACAGUCCCCACCCGCUGUACCUCAGAUCACCUGGGGGGAGGAGGAUGAGGAGGGAUGGAGGAGACUGUCCUUCAGGCACUGGCCAUCACUCUUCAGUUACUACAACAUCACUUUAGCAAAAAGGUACAUUAGCAUCUUACCUGUCAUCCCAAUCACUGUUCAUCUGACACCCCAGGAGGCCAUUGACGCACGUCACCCUCAGGACACGAGACACCCUCAACCACCCAUUCUCAAGGUUUCUGCUGACUUACAGACAGACCUCACUCUCUACAACUGCAGUCUUAGUCUGUGUCUGCGAAACUGCUCUUGGAGGUCUUGCAAAGAGAAAUCAUCACACUUGGAUUUUUCUUUUCUCAAAAUCAAAAACAUUUUUUUAAGUUAUUUUGAUAUCGAGUGUUUGGCUAGCGAUGGGAUGCUGUUAGCUAGCUGCUGCCUGGCUGGACAGAUCCGGGUUUGGGACGCACAGACUGGGGACUGCUUGACUGUCAUUCCAAAUCAUGGGCUGAGGCGGAGCAGCAGCAGUGGCUGCUGGGACCACCGGAAUGGCUGGGACAGCAUGACCGGGGCUCAAGAAUCAGAGUGUUUGAGUCCUGAACGAGACAUCUCGUUUAAUGGAGACGGGCUGACAGAGGACGAGCUCUACCCAGUAAGACGCCGCACCACGCCCAGUCGUCCCACUCUUUUCAUUGACCAGCCCGAUCUCACCCCGCUCAUUGACACCAACUUCACCUCCCAGCCCCCUUCCCACCUGUCCACUGCACCCAGAGCAGGCUUUGAUUUUGGAGGACUGGUGGAGCGUGCCUACAUGGAGCACGAGCCCCCAUCACCAUCUACCUACGCCUCUCCGUCCUCAGCCUCCUCCUCGCCCCCAUCAGGCGCUCAACUCCAGAGGAGUCCGAGCUUAGGGGAAGCAGCUACACCUGUAAUCCAAGAAAGAUCCCCGAUGGGUGGGGCGCAAGCGGCAGGAGACUGGGAAAGCUCUGUCUGGGCCAUGGAGCUCAGAGGGAAUCUGAUAGCUGCCGGGAGGAGCAGCGGCAAACUGGAGGUUUGUAAAAAUUUCACAUGUCACUCUGAAAAAAGUCAUACUGUUGAUCCGCUGAGGCGGAGCAGCAGCAGUGGCUGCUGGGACCACCGGAAUGGCUGGGACAGCAUGACCGGGGCUCAAGAAUCAGAGUGUUUGAGUCCUGAACGAGACAUCUCGUUUAAUGGAGACGGGCUGACAGAGGACGAGCUCUACCCAGUAAGACGCCGCACCACGCCCAGUCGUCCCACUCUUUUCAUUGACCAGCCCGAUCUCACCCCGCUCAUUGACACCAACUUCACCUCCCAGCCCCCUUCCCACCUGUCCACUGCACCCAGAGCAGGCUUUGAUUUUGGAGGACUGGUGGAGCGUGCCUACAUGGAGCACGAGCCCCCAUCACCAUCUACCUACGCCUCUCCGUCCUCAGCCUCCUCCUCGCCCCCAUCAGGCGCUCAACUCCAGAGGAGUCCGAGCUUAGGGGAAGCAGCUACACCUGUAAUCCAAGAAAGAUCCCCGAUGGGUGGGGCGCAAGCGGCAGGAGACUGGGAAAGCUCUGUCUGGGCCAUGGAGCUCAGAGGGAAUCUGAUAGCUGCCGGGAGGAGCAGCGGCAAACUGGAGCUGUGGGACGCAGUGGAAGGGUGGCUAUGCUGCAGCAAUGAAGACGGUGUUUCUGGGAUCACAGCUCUGGCCUUUCUCAACAACAGAAUUGUGGCAGCUAGGCUGAACGGGUCCUUAGAUUUCUUCACUGUUGAGAUGAACAAACCUCUGGGUCUGCUGCAGUACAGAGGUCCCCCUGGGCGAAGCAGCAUGCCUCAGUCUCCCUGUUACAGCAGUGAGGAUGUGAUCAGCUGCCAGCUCACACGCUCCGUACAGUGUGCUCACCAAAAGCCGAUCACGGUGCUUCGUGCAGCUGCCGGCAGAGUCGUCACUGGCAGCCAAGACCACACAGUCCGGUGUGUCAUCAGCUCAGGACUGGAUGACCUCAUCUGUAUCUGGGACCGCAGCACUGGAAUCAAGCUGUACUCAAUACAGCAGGAGGUGGGUUGCGGGGCCAGUCUGGGUGUGAUCUCAGAGUCUCUGCUGGUGACGGGGGGGCAGGGCUGCGUCUCCUUCUGGGACCUGAAUUUCGGCGACCUGCUGCAGACGGUGUACCUGGGUCAGAGUAGCGACGGUCAGGGUGUCCGGCAGCUGCUGGUGCUGGACAACGCCGCCAUCGUUUGCGAUUUUGGCAGCGAGCUCAGCUUGGUCUACGUUCCCUCCGUGUUGGAGAAACUGGACUGAGAAGGGCUGGCAGCUAUCAGUGGGAACAGUCAAAGCAUCCAGUUUUUGCUUUGUUUCGUUGCUUCUGGCGUUUGGAUGAUGUGCGAUCAUUAGAUAUAAGACUAUCUGUUUUAACAGGGAGGUGUUUUAAAGUCUGGAUAUCAUGAGGAAAAACUGGCCGUUGAACCUACUGCGUUUUAUCAGAGCCAUCUUGCUGACGUUACGGAAGGUCACGAGUUUGGUUAAGGUUGGAUUUUUCUCACUUGAAGGGAGCCCGCCAGUUCUGAGUUUGUGCUUUUUGUGCACGCACAUUUGUUUUUGCAGAUCUGCCCUCUAUGCUGCUCACACAGGGCGGGGGGAGGCUUGUGACCCCACCCACCCAGAGAGGAGGACCAUAGAGCUCCUCUUUUUUGUUUUGUUUUGUUUUCUUUCUUUUUAAUAUUCCUGCUGUGCCGUGCGCUCAACAGCGAAGUGCAGCCGCAGAGAGCUCGACAGGUCCAUCGCCUGCGGGGAUGAAUUGAGCGUGUGUGAGAGAAAGAUUGAUUGAAUGAGUUUAGACCCUUUUUUAUAGUAAAACUGCUGAGAACAAAAGUUGAUUGGUUAUGUGUGAAGUGUGCGUUUGUGUGAGGGAGAACCAAUGAUUACUGUAUAAAGUAAACCUCCAGAGGGGGCUGUUUUUAUGUCUACAUUUAUUAUUUAUUAGCGAUACUUUUUUUUUUUUUCCCUUUUUGAGUAACAGUUUGUAUAUGAAUGACUAAUCACAGCUCUUAAAUAAGACCAUAAUAAUGUGGAAAAGGUGACUUAAAUGUAAGAAGGUGUUUAUUUGUUUGGCAGCACUGGGCUUUUGGUUGUUUGUAGCAGUGAGGUGGAAACACAUGUGUGUUUGUAGAUUUGGAGGCCGCAGGGAGGCAGAAAGGGUUCCUCCUUUACCCCAACCUCGGCCUCUGACUCUGGGGUUACUGAUGCUGUAUGAGGAGCUGCUUUUCCCCAGUGCGUUACACCUUCAUCAGGCUACCUCCAUUUUUCAAAUAGCUUGAAUUUUGGAUGACUGAUGUUGCAUUUUUUAAAAAUAUAUUUUGUGCUUUAGAGAUUUUUUUUUUUUUUAUCACCGUUUAGCCAUAACUUGGUCACCUGAUAUCAUUUUUAAUCCACGAUCUUUAAUUCAAGCCACAAAGGGUGACAAAACCUUGUCGACUACUUGGAUCACGUUAGAUAUACUGUGUGUAUAUUUUUAGUUUUUGGUAUGUUGUUGAUGCACGCUUAAGCAGAGUUUGUCCUGAAACCUGUUCUUUUUUUCAGCGACCAGGUGGUAAAAAUGUGAAGGAAGGUAACAGCGAAUGCAUCCUGUCCCUAAUCUUGCAUAAUACUAGUACAUUUUAAAACAGUUUGCAGUAUUGAUGUUGGAUUUUUCACAUCAGGAAUGGGAUUGAUAUAUAACCUUUUGAAAAUUUGGACCUGACACAUGUGACACACUGUUCAGAUAAUCUUUUCCUGAAACACACACAGUAUUAUAUCACACAUCUUUUUAAUUGGACUAAAAAGGAAAUGUCAAUAGUAUUUUCAGUCAGUUUUUCCACUAUUAGUCAUACGGUUGCUCUCUGUCAGGUAUGAAUGUUUUCACAAACACUUGCUAGACGCCUUAAGAAACCAGACAAAAGCAUGUCAAUCAUUGUUUUGUAGCGUGUAUAAUAUGAAGCUUCUGUCUGAACAUCGAGUAAAGAGCCUGUUGUCUCAAUUUGUAGCUUCAAAGAAGUCUGAGUGGGUGGGCAGCAGAACUAUUUUACCUAUCCUGUUAAGAUACAACUCUGGCUCAUUAACUAGUUUCAGUUAUGUUUAAUCAUAAUAAUCAACUACUACUACUCCAUUUUUCACUUUUAUUCAGCUGAACAGGAAUAGCGGUUUGACAACCAGUGUGAUUUAAAAUGUAGUUGAAUUCAGUUUCCACUUGCAGAAGUAGCAGCUUUCUACAUUCGUUUGAUUCCCUGUAGAGUGUUUAAACAAUGACACAUGAUAGAUAGUUGUUGGUUAUGGAGAAACUUGAAGGUAAAAAAUUAAAACGUUUUUAGGUCCCAAAAGUCUGAACUUUUGUACUUAUUCUGCACACCGGGUGAAAAUCCUGUCAAUACUGAAACUGUUAAAUUCUUAAACUCAACAAGCCAAGUAUUUAUGAUAGCAAUGCAUUUUUCAACAUUUUAACCCGCUCGUUUUUGAGUCGGUGUCUGAACUUCACCUUUUUACUCUGGGUAGAAAGAAUGCAAUCCUGCAGGUUAAAGAUUUUUCUCUGACGCCAACAACAUCCACGAUGUCCAGAAUGUAUUUUCUCCCAGUCGUCACCUGUUGUUUCAAUCUGUAUCUCCUGAAUGUCGUCUCAGAAAAUCCGUUAAGACCUGCACCUGAUCCCUGCGGUCACAACACUAACUCCUUUCAUCUCUAACCCUCUCUGAUGUACAAGCUCACACACAUUUUUAGGCACUUUGUUUUUGCAAUUUCAGCUUGUAUGCAGGAGAGUCGGAUGUAACUGGACUUAAAGUUCACACCUGCAGCGCUGUUAAGCACGCACGUGACAUAAAGACUGCAGCGCUUGAUCCUCUCAGAUGCAGCGACCAGUUUCUUUUCCAGAAACAAGCAGAUGAUUAUCGUAUGAUUUAUUUUUUAUUUUUUUAUUUUUCCAACUGUAGCAUCAGUAUUCACAUUUCAACUUCUGAGACGAAUGGCACCUCCAUCACAGAGGCCAGUGAUGUGAUCUUGCUGCUGUGGCUGUUGAUUUAUUAGCUUUGUGGUUUUUGUUUAGUUGAAAGCUUUAGAAACGGGGAAUGUUUUGUUUUUUUUAGAUUUCAGUUUCACGUGUUUUCUAGAAAUGUGAAUUAAAGCUCGAGUUUGAUAUUUUGGGAACUUGUAUUUGCUUUCUUGCAGAGUUAAAUACUGACGAAUGUACACAGUGACUGUGUUAGCAACUCCAGUUAACUCUGAUUUUAAUUCCUUGCCCUCUAUAUUCAAAGAAAUUGUCAGAGCUAAAACAGCCGUUUUAUCAUUGUGCUAUUCGGUGAUCACAGGAGCUCUAUGACGAGGACAUUUUAUAGUGUUGUAUAUCUUACAUUUCUAAAACAGGUGAGAAAUCGCCAAGUGUAGUGUUGCAGGCACAGUUCCUCAGAAAUGUGACCCUGAUUCUGUCAUGCUUUAGUUUAUCUGCACAUAAAAAUGGACAUGGACAGUUUCCUUUAACAGUGUUUACUAAAUAUCAAAGUCAAAAGGUCGAGAAAUUACAUAUAUAAAGACAAGAACUUGUGCCGUGUUACUGAAACGAAAACUUUGUGGCAGCAUCAGUUUCCUCUGCCAGUAAGCGCGUACACACAUUUUCCAAAAUGUCAAACUAUUCCUUUAAAGUUGAAGGAUGGGAAGGUGGGUUGGUUUUGAUUGAGUUGAGUCACUGCUUUUUCUGAAUGUUUCUGUUUAUAAAGAUGAACUAUGCCUUUAAUUUUAGAUCGCUUCAUACCUUUCCGUCUCGUUGCAGCCGUCACGGCACCAUAUCAAGAGUUUGUGGAUGCAGCAGCGACCUUUUUAAUCAUUUAGGUUAAAAUAAAUCUUUAGCUGCAUCCUCACAAUGAAUGGCAGAGAUGUUGUGGGUCUUGUUUGAUCCUCCAGCUGCAAAUACAAAUCAGUGUAACAUUUCUUACUUCAUUUUUUUGUUUAGAUUGCUGUAAAAAGCAUCGCAGCACAUAAACAAAUGUAAUCCCCAGGUGUUUUCCUCCCCCCUCACCCACUCCAGCCUUCUCCCCUCUUUGGCUGGCUACAAUCUACGCAGGCUGUAGUAACUUGUUUACUAUUUUGUAACAGCGCAAAACUUUGUACUAAUUUUCAAAUAAAGAGGCUUUGAUACCACAAA